AUUGCACAGGGCAGAUGCAAGAGGGGGGAUUGUGUCUCUCCUUUCACCUGACCUGCAUGGGCACCCGUUAAGCACCCACAGUCGUGGUGGACAGCUCGGUCUCUUUCUGGGUGAGGGUAGGAGGGAUGUUUGUUUCUUAGAUGCCUUGUAGCCUGAUCCCCACCCAGGGGUGGUUGGGCAGCCCAGGCCAGGAGUGUGGUGGGUACCCACUGGAAUAAAAUAAAUUCAGGGCAACCGGUCAAGAUACAACGUACAAGCCAGAAAAGAGUGCCCAGCUCCCUUCCCACUGGGGCUGAGCAGGACAGCCAUUGACUAGGACCUCCCCAGGCCCAUCUGCGCCCUAGUCCUCUUUUUCUGGUGCUCUGUGCUGUAGCCUUCCUCCCAUCCCCAAUUCUGCAAGGUCCUCUUUUGCUCCUAGGACGGUGGGCUCGGCCUGGGGGAUUAAGUCACCUGGAGCACUUACAGCUUGGUAGAAGCAGGAGAGAACUACUUGCCGUGGUGCCUUGACCCACUUGGCUCACCCUUUGCCCGAGGGUCUAGCGUUUUCCUCAGGUCGCACUCUUCCUUACCCCAUCCGGCCAAAGAUUUUGUGUUAAAGUCCACUGACUCCCUAGAAGCCGACCACGUCUUUUUUUUAAUGCUGGGACACCCGGAGUGACUGCGGCCAACAUAUACAAUAGUCACAUUGAUUAUGACACCCUUAAAAGGGGUAGAGCCUCUCAACAUGUGUGCGUAAGAAAGAACCGGCUGCCACUGAGGGUUUUCCAUCUUGUUCCAGAUCUGCCUCGACAAUAUCAAAAGGAACCCGAAGAACCUAAAAAGAGUUACAGCCAAAAUUUGAGAACACACACACACACACAUACACAAUUGUGUACAUUUCACAUUGACCCGCAGAGUUAACUGGGCGGAUUCUCACCCUGUCCCCAGAAAGUUGACUAUCCGGUCUCCAUGAAAGAUGCUGUGAUUUUGAAACCAGGUCACCUGGAGCCUGGGGCUACCCCGGCCCCCUCAGGAUUCGGCAGACAUCGGAGGAGGUGGUGAAGGAGACAGUGGUGGUCAAUGUUAUUUGAGCAGGGUCAACAGGCCCUGGAGCUUCCUGAGUGCACCAUGCAGAAGGCUGCUUACUAUGAAAACCCGGGACUCUUCGGAGGCUACGGCUACAGCAAAGCCACCGACGCUUACUACGGCACCCCCCAUCAGCCUUACCCACCCCCUGCGGCCGCCAGCUCCCUGGACACCGAUUAUCCCGGAUCCGCCUGUUCCAUCCAGACUUCCGCACCUCUGAGAGCCCCGGCCCACAAAGGAACAGAACUGAAUGGCAGCUGUAUGCGGCCUGGCACUGGGAACAGCCAGGGUGGGGGGGGUGGCAGCCAGCCUCCUGGCCUGAACUCAGAGCAGCAGCCACCACAACCCCCUCCUCCACCGCCACCUCUGCCCCCAUCCUCACCCACCAAUCCUGGAGGUGGAGUGCCUGCCAAGAAGGCCAAGGGUGGGCCCAAUGCUUCGGGCUCCUCAGCCACCAUCAGCAAGCAGAUCUUCCCCUGGAUGAAAGAGUCCCGACAGAACUCCAAGCAAAAGAACAGCUGUGCCACUGCAGGAGAGAGCUGCGAGGAUAAGAGCCCGCCGGGCCCAGCGUCCAAGCGGGUGCGCACGGCGUACACGAGUGCACAGCUGGUGGAGUUGGAGAAGGAAUUCCACUUCAACCGCUACUUGUGCCGGCCACGCCGCGUGGAGAUGGCCAACCUGCUGAACCUCACCGAGCGCCAGAUCAAGAUCUGGUUCCAGAACCGGCGCAUGAAGUACAAGAAGGACCAGAAGGCCAAGGGCAUCCUGCACUCGCCGGCCGGGCAGUCCCCGGAGCGCAGCCCGCCGCUGGGCAGCGCCGCGGGCCACGUGGCCUACUCGGGCCAGCUGCCGCCCGUGCCCGGCCUGGCCUACGACGCGCCCUCGCCGCCCGCCUUCGCCAAAUCUCAGCCCAACAUGUACGGCCUGGCCGCCUACACGGCGCCGCUCAGCAGCUGCCUGCCGCAGCAGAAGCGCUACGCGGCGCCCGAGUUCGAGCCCCACCCCAUGGCGAGCAACGGCGGCGGCUUCGCCAGCGCCAACCUGCAGGGCAGCCCGGUGUACGUGGGUGGCAACUUCGUCGACUCCAUGGCGCAGGCGUCCGGGCCCGUCUUCAACCUGGGCCACCUCUCGCACCCGUCUUCGGCCAGCGUGGACUACAGCUGCGCCGCGCAGAUCCCGGGCAACCACCACCACGGACCGUGCGACCCUCAUCCCACCUACACAGAUCUGUCGGCGCACCACUCGUCUCAGGGACGCCUGCCCGAGGCCCCCAAACUGACGCAUCUGUAGCGGCCGCCACCGGCCGGGACUCGCGGCGCAAUUACCUCUUUUGCUUUGGUGGCGGGGGUGGCGGGCGGGGCCCGCGGGGCAGCUCGGGGACCCCCUCCCUCGCUCCGGCCCGGUCGCCGCCUCCUGGUCUCGGGCCCGCGGCGGCCGAGACGCGGGCGACUGGGCCUCCCCUCCAGGCGCGCCCUCCUUGGGGUGACUGGCCAUAAAUCAGCCGCAAGGAUUCUCCUCUGUAACCCCGACAGUGCCAUAUACUGCGGACCGAGGGACUCUAAUCGGGUAGUGGUGUCCCGAAGGUAAGUCCGAGACCCACCGGCGGCGCGCUCUGCGGAGGGACCAGCGCCCGGACAGCCCGGGCCUGGCCCGCGUCUAGCUUAGUGACGGAGACCUUAAUUUAUAUGCUCCUUCCCGUCCCGUAAGGAUUGCAUCGGACUCAACGAUCUGUAUUUAUUAUUUGAAGCGAGUCAUUUCGUUUCCCUGAUUAUUUAUCCUCGUCUUAAUGUAUUUAUGUGUAUAUUUGUAGAAUUCUCCAGCCAAGCUUAGGAACGCGCUCCCAGGCCGCGGGGGCCACGUUUCACCUCUUUAGUCCCCUUGGUCUGAACUAGUUGAGAGAGUAGUUUUGAACAGUUGUAACCGUGGCUGGUGUUUGUAGUUGAUGUAAAGGAUUAAGACCGCAAAUUGUCCUUCAUGGGUAGAGUCAGGCGGCCCCGUGGCGUGGCACGACACCCGUUACUCAUUUCUCAACAGCCGCAGCCCUCACCACUCGACACAGUUUAUGGAUUUCAAAUUGUCUGGUACUAUUUGAACAAAUAUUUAGAAUAAAAAAAAUUUCUCAGUCGGAAGUGUAUCUGUGUUAAUCACGCACACUUGGAAGUAGAUCGCUCUGCCUUUUAUCUUUCGCACAAUCCCAAUAGAAGGCCCCCCAAGUAGGCUGACUCUUGGAUGUAUACAUUAAAAAAAAAUGUAUUUGGAAUCUGGCACACGAAUUGGUUCUGGGGAUACUUGAUUACAUUGCAGCUAUUGACAUCAGGGGAGAAAAUCUGAGGAUGCAAGCCUAGAAAUGGCCUGGGCGGGAUAAUUUGGGUAGGGCUUUGUGCUGUGCCUGCUUAUGCUGUUUCCACCACCCUCUUUUUUAGAACACAAAUCGACUUUUUAAAGAUUGCAUUUACACUGGGGAGGCCAGCACUCACUUUUCUGCGCUAAUAAAAAAUAAACUUUAAGAGAAAACUGACAAUCAAAGAAAAGACACACGUGAAGCUGUAAGAACUGAGCUAUGAAAAAGCUGAGGCGCACAAAAAGAAACGAUCAUUUGGAAACACGCACCUAAGCUUUUUCUCUAGGAAAUGCUGUCAGGACUUUUUCCUUUAUAACGGUUGGUGGUUCAUUUCUAAAGUAAACAGACGUCCCCCGCGAUGUAAAGUAAUAAAAGUUUCAUUAAUGGAA